AAGUUAGUGAUAAUGUCUGUUUGCAUUAGUGCUAACCGGUAUCUAAACAUAACCUGUAGGGCUUAUUUCAUGAUUGUUUAUGGUUAAGCAGCUUCUUCUGUAUUGCUUCUUCUGAAAGUGUCUUUGACAUGUUGAACUUGAAUCAGAUGACAUGAACACAUGGGUUUCAAGUAUUUGCUGGUUGUGGUUUGUCUUGGGGCUUUGGUUAGAUCAUUGGCUUUUACAACUUCUGAUGAUGGCUUAAUGAGGGUUAGUCUUAAAAGAAGGAGUUUAGAUAUUCAAAGUCUUAAUUCUGCAAGGAUCAAGGAAGCUGUUCAUCAUAGAGGUGUAGGUAGUGUUAAUAAGAAUAAUUUAGUAACAGAUGUAGUGUAUCUAAAGAAUUAUCUUGAUGCACAAUAUUUUGGGGAAAUUGGUAUUGGCUCACCUCCACAAAGCUUCAAAGUUGUGUUUGACACUGGAAGCUCAAACCUUUGGGUCCCUUCUUCCAAAUGCAUCUUGUCUAUUGCUUGCCAUAUUCAUUCCAAGUAUAGGUCGAAGCUGUCUAGCACUUAUACGAAAAUAGGAACACCUUGCAAAAUCCCUUUCAGCCGUGGACACAUCCCUGGCUUCUUCAGCCAAGAUAAUGUAAAAGUUGGGAAUAUCAUAGUCAAAGAUCAGGAAUUUGCUGAGAUCACAAAGGAAAAAUCUUUGGAAUUCUUAGCAAUACAUUUUGAUGGCAUACUUGGACUUGGAUUCCAGGAUAUAUCAGUUGGACAAGUCACACCAGUGUGGUACAAUAUGAUAGAACAAGGGCACAUGGCUCAAAAAAUAUUCUCUCUUUGGCUAAACCAAGAUCCAAUGUCAAAGAUAGGGGGUGAGAUUGUCUUUGGUGGUAUUGACUGGAGGCACUUUAGGGGUGACCAUACUUAUGUUCCAGUUUCUCAAAAAGGUUACUGGCAGAUUGAGGUGGGAGAUAUUCAACUUGCAAAAAAUUCAACAGGGUUAUGUCAGGGUGGCUGUUCUGCCAUUGUUGACUCAGGGACAUCUUUCAUUGCUGGUCCAACAAGUGUUGUGACUCAAAUUAACCAUGCCAUUGGAGCAGAAGGAUAUGUGAGUUAUGAAUGUAAAAACAUCAUCCAUAACCAUGGCGAUUCCAUAUGGGAAUUCUUAACUUCUGGGUUAAAACCUGAAAUUAUAUGCGGUGACAUUGGACUAUGCUCGCGUAAUGGAUCACAUAUAACGAAUGAUGUUAUUGAAACAGUGUUGCAUAAUGAAAGUAGAGGUGACUCAAGAACCAGGGAGAGCCCCUUGUGUACUUUCUGUGAUAUGAUUGUCCUUUGGAUUCAAAUUCAGCUUAAGCAAAGGAAUACAAAAGAAAAAGCAUUGAAAUAUGUGGAUGAGCUGUGUGAGAAGCUUCCCAAUCCUGUGGGACAAUCAUUCAUAAACUGCAAUAGCAUUGAAGCUAUGCCACAAAUUACAUUCAUGAUUGGGAACAAAUCAUUUACUCUCUCUCCAGAACAGUAUGUCCUAAGAAUCGAAGAAGGCUGCUCAACUGUUUGCUAUGGUGGUUUUGUUGCUUUAGAUGUGCCUCCUCCACAGGGUCCCCUCUGGGUUCUUGGAGAUAUAUUUUUGGGGGCAUACCAUACAGUUUUUGACUAUGGCAAUCUCCGUAUAGGAUUUGCUGAAGCUGCAUAAUGCAUAGUCAUAGUUUGGUCAUUGGUGUCAUCAUAAUGCCAAAUUGUUUCGAGGAAUGAAUAAAGAAAGGUUUACAUAAUUCAGGCACUAAUUAAGAAUUUCUGUGCCAUAAUCUUGUAAAUAGCAGAUUUAUCAAUAAGAUUUGGGACAUUUAAUAACAAACAAGGCAAGCAAAAUAGCCUUGUUGGGAAAAUGUAAACUAAAAAAAAAUGCACCAGCCGGGAAUCGAACCCGGGUCUGUACCGUGGCAGGGUACUAUUCUACCACUAGACCACUGGUGCCUAAUGCUUUAUUCACGCUCUUGGUGAUUUAUUAUCACUAGACCACUGGUGCUUCAUGCUUUAUUUAGCGAUGGUUUUCAUUCCAUUUCAGAAGUGAAAUCAUUCCAUUUCAUCCUUAUUUAAUUUAAUAAAUCAUAAAUAUAUUUCAUCUCAUCACACUUCUAUCACCAACCCGGGACGGAUCCACUCUAUGGCCUUUAGGGACAAC